AUGACCGAGUACGACUACUCCCCAGAGGCUUACCAGCGCUAUCUCGCCACCCAGACCCGCAUCGCAAACUGGGUCGACAAGACAGAGCAGCACCGCCCUCAGUUCCAGCACGCUGUCCCCGCUGCUCCCAUAGCCGACGCGCCUCUCGAGCCCUCGUCCUCGUCCCAUAGCAGGCAAAGACGCCACCACCACCCCGGCCAAUCCCAGCCACGCCAACUCUUCAUCCACGUCCCUGCUCCUGGGUCAGACUCGUCGGACGACUAUGCCGACGGUCCUGGUCCCAUGCCACUCUCCGCACCAGCGAUGAUGUACUCUGGACCGUCCCAGCAGCCAAUGUUCCAACCCAUGGUCGCGCCGAUGGGUGGCCAGCCCAUGCUCACCCCACCGCCCAUGAUGAUGCCUCCGACAUUCGCUAUCCCUCCACACAGGUCAUCGCACCACCACCGCUCCCACUCGCGUGCACGUUCGCGGCAUCACUCCCCAGGGUAUUACAGCAUGGCCUCACCCCCCGUGUCCCCAGGAUAUCAAUACGCCUUCCCUGGUGCCCCAAUGGCAGGAGGUCAUCCAGGCUACAUCAUGAUGCCACCCCAACACCACCGCGCCCAGCAAGUGCCCAUGAUGUUCCUCCCUCCGUGCUGA